GCCACUUCCUGUCUGCACCCGUUCGUAGCCAUGAUGCAGGAAGGGCUGGAUGACGGACCCGACUUCCUCUCCGAGGAGGACCGGGGACCACGGGCGGUGAACGUGGAUCUGCAGACGGACGCCACGCUGCAGGUGGACAUCUCCGACGCUCUGAGUGAGAGGGACAAGGUUAAGUUCACCGUCCACACCAAGAGCACGCUCCCUAACUUCAAGCAGAAUGAGUUCUCGGUGGUCCGGCAGCAUGAAGAGUUCAUCUGGCUGCAUGACUCGUUUGUCGAGAAUGAAGAGUACGCAGGAUACAUCAUCCCCCCAGCCCCCCCAAGACCAGACUUUGAUGCAUCCAGAGAGAAGCUGCAGAAGCUGGGGGAGGGAGAAGGAUCCAUGACCAAGGAGGAGUUCACCAAGAUGAAGCAGGAGCUGGAGGCAGAGUACCUGGCCAUCUUUAAGAAGACCGUGGCCAUGCACGAGGUAUUCCUGUGUCGUGUGGCGGCUCAUCCUGUCCUCAGGAAAGACCUAAACUUCCACGUCUUUCUGGAGUACAACCAGGACCUGAGUGUACGAGGGAAGAACAAGAAAGAGAAGCUGGAAGAUUUCUUUAAGAACGUGGUGAAGUCUGCUGACGGCGUCCUGGUGGCCGGAGUCAAGGACGUCGACGACUUCUUUGAGCACGAGAAGACGUUUCUGUUGGAAUAUCACAACAGAGUGAAAGACGCUUCGGCCAAAUCUGAUAGAAUGAUCCGCUCGCAUAAAAACGCUGCAGAUGACAUCAACAGAAUCGCCUCGUCUCUCUACACGUUAGGAACGCAGGACUCCACUGACCUCUGCAAGUUCUUCCUGAAAGUGUCGGAGCUGUUUGAGAAGACGAGGAAGAUUGAAUCUCGCGUUGCAGCAGAUGAAGACCUGAAGCUGGCCGACCUGUUGAAAUAUUACCUGAGAGAGUCGCAGGCUGCAAAGGAUUUGCUGUACAGGAGGAGCCGGGCUCUGGUGGACUAUGAAAACGCUAACAAGGCUCUGGAUAAAGCUCGAGCCAAAAACCGAGACGUCCUGCAGGCCGAGACCAGCCAGCAGCUCUGCUGCCAUAAGUUUGAGAAGAUCUCCGAAUCCGCAAAGCAAGAGCUCAUAGACUUCAAAACGAGACGAGUGGCAGCUUUCAGGAAAAACCUGGUGGAGCUUGCAGAGCUGGAGCUCAAACACGCCAAGGGGAACCUCCAGCUGCUGCAGAGCUGUCUGGUUGUCCUGAAAGGUAACACUUAACCAACUGGACACGCCCUUUUUAUACAGCCCCGCCCACAUCAACUGGACACCCACUGUGGGCGGAGUCUGGGCGGACGAAUGACACUGAGAACUGUGGACCAGAGAGAACAGACAGGAAGUCUGUCGUCUUCAUCACUAACCAGACACCGUCCUCUUCAUCUUCUUUAUCCUCUCCGUCCCUCUCCAGCAGUACCUGAACCGGUUCAUUAUCAGACCGGAAGCACCUGUACCGGUUCAACCGGUUCAUUAUCAGACCGGAAGCACCUGUACCGGUUCAACCGGUUCAUUAUCAGACCGGAAGCACCUGUACCGGUUCAACCGGUUCAUUAUCAGACCGGAAGCACCUGUACCGGUUCAACCGGUUCAUUAUCAGACCGGAAGCACCUGUACCGGUUCAACCGGUCCAGCAGAACUAGUGUGAUCAGCCUAUUUUCUUCCUGAGUGACACUCACUUGAAACUUUAAUAUCACGGAAUAGAAUAAACAAAUGUUUAAUGUUUCUUAUCCAAAUUAAACAAAUCCCUCCCGGUCCAGCAGUUCUACUGUGGGGAUGCUGGUCCCGGUUUGAUUAUCAGUGUCGAUACAUUGUUUCAAUUGACAAAAGUUCUCAAAGUUCAAAUGUUAAGAACUUCAAAUUAACUCCCUCAUUUAUUUUCAGGAGAAAUGAAUAAAGCAACCCGAUGUGAUCAAUACCAGCUCAGAUAUUGGCCCUGACAUGACCACCUGAAAGAGUUUUCAUUGUAAAGUUAUUUCCCAUUCAAUCAGGUUUUUUUGACCUUUGACCCUUUGGGGUCUGAUUGUCUCAACGUCAUCUUACAACUGUAAGAAAAGUCGUGAAAACAUUUCAACCUGUUUUUAUUGUCUGUCACAAAUCUGUGUCUAUAUCCAUAUUGUUUUCAUAAUUAUCACUUAUAAGGACUUAUCUCAUAACUCCAUAAUAACGGCUUAGUAUCUUGUAAUUACGACUGAUGUCAGAAUUGUGAAAACUGUUUUUGUGAAUCUCGUUUCUGUGGAUUCAGUGAGAAUGAACCAGUUUCAUGUUGAUUUGUAGAAAGUGAAGACAUUCAGAAGGAAAACCAGACUUUAGGAUUCAUAAACAUGGAGGUGUUCCCGUUGUUAUUAAAGCGUGAUGUCACUAAA